AUGUUGAGUGACGUGGGCGACUAUGUGGGCUCGGAUGUCGAGAUCUCCUGGUUGCCAAAUCUGGACGAGCUGAUGAAAGGCUACGCGCGAAACUUCAGGCCGGGAAUAGGAGGUCCUCCAGUCAACGUGGCCAUGGCCAUCGAGGUCGCCAGCAUCGACCACAUCUCAGAAGCCAACAUGGAGUACACCAUGACAGUGUUCCUUCGUCAGAGCUGGCGUGAUGACCGCUUGCAGUACAACCACACCAACAAGACGCUGGGGCUGGACUCGCGCUUCGUGGACAAGCUCUGGCUCCCCGACACCUUCAUCGUCAACGCCAAGUCCGCCUGGUUUCACGACGUCACGGUCGAGAACAAACUGAUACGACUGCAGCCGGACGGGGUGAUUUUAUACAGCAGCAGGAUAACGUCUACGGUGGCGUGUGACAUGGAUCUGACCAAGUACCCGAUGGACGAGCAGGAGUGUAUGCUAGACCUGGAGAGCUAUGGCUAUUCUUCAGAGGACAUUACGUAUUACUGGUCUGAUAAUCAGAAGCAGAUCCACGGCCUGGACAAACUGGAGCUGUCCCAGUUCACUAUCACACACUAUCGCUUCCACACCGACACACAGAACUUCAAAUCAGCUGGCCAGUUCCCUCGCCUCUCUCUGCGCUUCUCCUUGAGGCGUAACCGUGGCGUCUACAUCAUCCAAUCCUACAUGCCCUCAAUCCUAUUGGUCGCCAUGAGCUGGGUCUCCUUCUGGAUCAGCCAAUCAGCAGUCCCCGCGCGCGUCUCACUGGGCAUCACGACCGUCCUCACCAUGACGACGCUGAUGAUCAGCGCGCGUUCCCAGUUGCCGCGGGCGACGGCCAUCAAGGCGCUGGACGUGUACUUCUGGAUCUGCUACGUGUUCGUGUUCGCGGCGCUGAUCGAGUACGCCUUCGCACACUACAACGCCGACUACAGCAAGAAGGAGAAGGAGAAGAGCCGGAAAGACAAGGAGGAGAGGGAGACGCAGGAGUCGGUGGUGGGGAAUGGUAAUAAGGCCAUGGUGCUGUUCUCCUUGUCUGUGGCCGGCGUGAACCAGGGUCUCCUCCUGACCAAUCGAGCCAGAGGAUCCGGACAGAGGGGCGGGGACUCUGCAGCCGAGGGCCAAUCGGGGGAGCCGGUCAUCGGCCUCGUCAGCCAACCAGGCGAGCCGCCCGCAGGCAGCCGUGGCGGGAGCCAAUCAGCAAAGGGGAGUGGGGAGGAGUCAAAGUGCUGCCGGUGUUCCUUUAAGCCGAUCGACGCCGACACGAUCGACAUCUACGCACGAGGAGUCUUCCCAGCGGCCUUUGCAGCCGUCAACCUCAUCUAUUGGGUGGCCUAUACCAUGUGAUCACAUCAUGAAACCAUAACACCAUGUGACCACAUCAAGCUCCUCUAUUGGGUGGCCUAUACCAUGUGACCAUAACACCAUGUGACCAGAUCAUGUGACCAUAACACCAU